AUGGUCACUCUUGGUUCAACUUCAAUAAUUUUUGCUGUAUUUUUUCUUCCUUACUUAGUCACCUCUAUACAUCAUCGUCACCUUGAUGAUGCCAAUGCCAACUUCUUUUGCUGCCUCUCCUAUGAAUAUGGCAAUCAAUCACACAUUGACAACAUUGUUCAUACUAAAUUGUCACAAAGCUACCAAUCUAUCCUUGAAUCAUCGAUACACAAUGCUAGGUUCAACGAUCCCAAUAUCCCGAAACCAUACUACAUAAUUGUGCCAGAAAAUAAAGAACAAGUGCGAGCGGCCAUGAUUUGUUGCAAAACUUCUGGAUUGGAAACUAGGAUUAGAAGUGGUGGACAUGACUUUGAAGGUCUUUCUUACAUUUCUUACAAACCCUUUUGCCUAGUUGACCUAUACAGCCUCCGAAAAAUCGAUAUCGACAUGCAAGAAAAGACUGCAUGGGUAGAAGCCGGAGCGACACUAGGGGAACUUCACUACAACAUUGCAAAUAAAACCAAAACCCUAGCUUUCGCAGCUGGAAUUUGGCCCUCUAUAGGUGUUGGAGGCCAUAUUAGUGGCGGCGGACAAGGACCGUUGAUGAGAAAACAUGGCCUUGCAGUGGAUAACAUGCUCGAUGCCACUAUCCUCAACAUUAAUGGAACGAUUCUCGAUAGGAGAGGAAUGGGAGAAUACCUUUUUGGGCCAUCCGAGGUGGCGGAGCAGCUAGUUUCGGGGUGGUUCUAUCUUGGAAGUUACAAUUAG